CCAACCUGGGAUGUUAGUCUGGAGAGUCUCGCUGAAGCCGCCAUUUCAAAGCGCGAAGGAGCUGCAGAAGCUGUGGGGAGAUUUUGUACAUUUUUUUUAUUUAAUUUAAAUUUUUCUAAUAUAUUUUUUAUUUUCUUAGCAAAAUAGGAAAACUCUAGUACUUUUUUUUAUUUUAUUUUUUUUUUAAAUCUACCUCGCCUGCAUCACAAACAGAAAUGGAUGCAGACACAGAAGAAAAGAUGACUUCAAAAACUUCCGAGGAUGAAUCUGAGACACCUGUAAUGGACAACAAAGCUAGGGGUCGAUGGUUUAGAGGUCGUGGUCGAGGGGGCCGGAUGAAUCGAGGUGGCAUGCGUGGUGGGCGGGGCAUGAUGAAAGGAUUCGGCCCACCUGGACAUGGGAGGGGACGACCGAAAGAUGGACCCAUGAAUGGAUUUGGACCCAUGAGAGGAAUGAGGAGGAUGCGACCUUACCCAGACAUGAGAGGUCAUCGCGGUAGGGGCGGACCGAUGGGCAUGGGUCCUCCUCAUCCACCACCUCCGCCACCACCUCCCAUGCACCUCAGAGGCCCCUUCCCACCAAUGCCCAGGCACGGCCCUCUUCCACCCCCUCCUCCAGGUCAUCCUGGUUUCAGAGGGCGUCCGCCACACCCUCGAGGCCGUGGCAUGCCGCCCCCUGGACCUCCACGGCACUUCCAUCCCCGUGGCCCACGAGGGGGGGCACACAGUACAGUUAACCUCCCAGGCCCCAGGAACCCAGGCCCUACCCUCACAUCUCUCCCCUCCUUCACCAGCGGUGUGACACCUGGGGUCCGGCACGUCACUUGAAAAAGGUGAGCCUCCUCUUGUGUCUUAAUCCCUAAACCCCUUCCUCUCUGAUGCAAGGAGAUUCUCUCUCUUUCAGGAUGGAAGUUGAAGUCGGUGAGACACAGAGGACUAAGGUUUGAUAGGUAAUUGUAUCUUGUAUCUCAAUAACGGUAUGGAUUGGAAGGUUUUUAUAUGACUUAUGUGGAGGUACAUUGUGGUAAUGCAAGAAGGGUGCAGGGAUAUGCAGGAAAAGACGGGUCAAUAAAUCAGUAUUAAGGCACUGAUGAUGUAAUUCUGACACAUCACAGCAGGAAAAGCACAGAUGUGAAUAAUACAGUUAUAGAUGACUGAAAUCUAUUUAGCUGAUUCAGUUUAGAGUCCUGGUAUUGUGUGUGCUGGCUCGUUUUUAGAGCCAUCGUUAAUUAACCGUAGUGAUGAGGAGAAGAUGUCAGAUGAAGCUUUGGGGGCUUUCCUUCUGUUUGUGCUGACGACACGAUUUGAAGCUUUGAGGCUUCAAACACAACAAACACAGUGACAUCUGGUGGCUUUCAAAACUUAGAGCAGCCUCGCAACAGAAACAACUCUGAUUUUUAUAGUUUCAGUCUUGAGUGCAAUAGAAGUACAAGAAACUUGCGUGUUAUUAAAUUCAGCCAUAUUGUAGAUGUUAUUGUGUGAUAUGUUCAAGAUAAAAGACUUGGAUGAUCAUUGUUUUGCAAUAGUUGCAUAACCUUAUUUUAGGAGCUUUAGUUGACUUAAAUUCAAGUGAAUGUGGACAGGCUUUAUUAUAACUUUGUCCAGAGGACAGAACAUUUUUAGGAUUUCGGUGUUUAGGGCAGAUUUUACGCAAGCAUAGACCAAAGAAGGACGGUCAGUUUCUAUGCGUCUUGCUGAGGUGAGGUUUCCAAACUUGCAGUAUCCAAACAAAAUAAGAAUGAAAUGGAUUCAACUCAGGUUUAAAAUUUUUGUAAGCUAUUUUUUUUUGCCAAAGUAAGGUGUUAUAAAUAUCUAUGUAUGAACAGAACUGAUGAGGUCAAUAUUUAUAACCAAACCUGCAACUAUCACCCACCAGCUCUAUCCACAAAUGAGCUUAAAAUGCCAGAUUUAUGUUGUAUUGCUGGAAAUGUUGAAGCUUCUUUCCACUGUUUUUUUGUGGAGAUGACGCACGAUGAUUUGUCUGAGUGUCACCUCUUUAUGACUGCUCAUUUUAAUACAUGAGGAGGGAGGGGGCAGUGUCUUUAAAUAGAGCGACUGAGAAAAGUGUCUGAUCCUAAAAUACAGGGAGCAGGAAAUCUCUUUAAAAUGACAGGAAGUAUUAACCUUCAGUCACUCACCACGCUGUUUUGACUGUUUGACUGAUUAAUGUUAAAUUCUGUGAUUUUUCUUGUUUGUUUUUUGCCUUUUUAAGAUAUUUGUAUAUUAACUAUUCAAUAAAUGGAGAAAAGAAAUGUCUUGUGUGCUCGUCU